AUGGAUGGAAGUGAAGACGAAGAUAACUUUGAUGAGGAUUUGGCAUCCUUCAUUACGAUACCCCCAACUUAUCGGGUUACUGUUCAAAUCGAUUAUGAAGAGGGAGAACCAUUUGGAAUUGAAUUCGGUAAAAAUUUAACAGUAUUAAAUGUAAAAAAAGAUAUGCGAGCAGAUGGUGUACUGUUUCCUGGUGAUGUUAUUAUUACCAUAAACGAUGUUGUUGUCGAAGAUCAAGUUCACUUUUAUGAUUUAUUAAAACGUUUGUUUCCAAUUGUAAAAAUUGAAUUGGAACGUAAAUUGUGGCGGACACCUUUAACUGAUGUAAGAGCACGACAAAUUGGACUUGUUACUAAGAAACAUUAUGAAUAUUUUAUUGCUUAUUUGCAUCGUAUUGAUGGAAUGAAGCUUGGUCUUUCAGUUAAGCUGGUUUCUCUUUUCCAGCAAAUUCAUAAUCAAGUUGUAGUAACAAAAUGUAAAGAAGACAGUAUCGUAAGUAAAUGCUACCAAGAAGGUGAUCAUAUUCUUGAUGUUGACGGUGUUCGAAUAUAUACAAAAGCAGAUGCAAAAGAACGAAUAAUUGCUGGUUUACGAAGCGCACCGUGUGUUUCAACAGUUGUUGAAAGAAAGGAAUUCGAAGACCCAACUUCUAUAAGUGAUCGAGUGCUGUUACUAAUUGGUGAUAAAAAUCCAAAAAUGGCUCCUGAUGCUGUGAAAAUAGGUCAGCGUGAGGCAGCAAGAAUAAAAGCGUAUGCUGGAAAACAGUUUCCAUUAAAAAGUAUAUUGCGUACGUCAUCUUAUAAAUCACCAAUUAAUUUACAGUUUGAUAUGAAACCGUUAGUAAUGCGAGUCGCAAGUGAUACAAAAGAGCCAAAUCGCCUAAUGCAUGUAAAAAAAAAAGAGCCAAGUCGAGGAUUUUUAAAUUUUUUAUUCGGAAGACGAAGCUCUUCUGGAAGCAGAAGGAAAGAUUUAUGA